AUGUAUUUAAUUCGAUUGAUUAUAUUUAUUAUUAUUAUAAUUGUUAUCAUCAUCAGUAAUAUUGAUCAAUUACAAGCUAUACCUGUAAUAAUUGAUUCAAAUAAUAAACAACAAAAACCGCAAGAAAAAUUACAAACAUCAGCAAAUAAUCAACCACCAGGAUCAACAAUUAAAACAACAAAUAGUAAUGUUUAUGGUGCUGAUAAUGGUUCAUCGAAUCAAAAUGGAGACAAACAACAACAACAACAACAAAAUGGUGAAAAAAAUGGACAACAACCAGUAAAUCAACGUGGUUAUAAUCAAGGUUAUUCAUAUAAUACCGGUAUUAAACCAUAUCGUACUGGUUAUACUUAUUUUCAACCAUUUGGUGAUAAUGUUGAUAAUCAAAAUGGUAAUAAUAAUAGUGGUGGUGGUGGUAAUAAUGGUAAAAAUAAUGUUAAUGAUAAUAAUACUAAUCAACAACAAUUACCAAUUGAAUUGCCCAAUUUUUUCGGUAUUGAUCCAAAACAAUUAGGACCAGUACGUGUUAUACAGAAUAAAAAUUUACCGUUAGAUGAAAAUGGUAUACCAAUAUUGGAUCAAAUUCAUAUACCCGAAAAUACUAAUGAUCCAAAUCAGAAUAAUGGUCAAACAUUGAAUUCACCACCACCGCAGCAAAGACAACCAGCACAAGCACCUGUACCCGUACAACCACCACCACCACCAGUUGAAAUUCCUGUUAAUGCAAAUGAUUUUGCUGAUUUUAAUCUGAAUCAAAUUCUUUCGGGUGAAAAUAAUAAUAAUCCAAAUUCCAAUUCGAAUGGCUAUAAUAACAACAACAACCGUAAUAAUGGCGGCAAUGGCGGCAGCGGAGGAAUGUUUGAUUUUGCACCACCAAGUACGAAUAAUUUUAAUUUUGCCCGUCCCGGUCAAACCGGUACGGAUCAAAGUGAUGAUCCCAGUCUGAUGUUGGAUGGUGAUAUGGGUGGCAACACUAAUAAUGGAAAUGGCAAUGGAAAUCAAAAUAAUCAAAAUGGUUUAGCUGGAUUUGGUUUCGGUGGCCAACAAGUACCAAGCGAAAUUGUCAAUCUAAAUAAUGCAUUCGGUACAGGUGGUGGUGGUGGAGGGGGAGGUGGAAACAACAAUCAAAAUAAUAAUGGUAUAGGAAAUUUAAAUGAUAUUUUGAAUCAAUUUGGAACGCCAAAUACAGCUGCUGCAUCUAAUAAUCCUAAUAAUGAUAUAAUGGGUAAUUUGGGUUCAUCAUCAUCGACCGAUGUGAAUGAAAUAUUUCCAUUUUUGUAAUUUAAAAACCAAAACAACAACAAAAAAAAAUAAAUCCUUUUUUUUUCGACCAAAAACCUUUCUUUCUCCAUUGUAUC